UCUACGUAUAUUUUAACAACACUCAGGACAAAGUAAAGUGUUCGUUCAUUAAAUUUAUUUGUGCAAUUUUAAUAUUAUUUUCAUUUAUUUAUAUAAUUAAAAACCUUAAAACUCAUGAUUACACUGCGUUCCAGAACUACGAAAAAAUGUCCAAAUCCUUCGAUAGAAAGCGGCGAGAGGCCGAAGACCAAGAAGCCACCGGCCGCGUCUUCCAGGACUUCAUCACAAUAUUCCAAGACACUCCAGUUCUCCCUCAGAAAACCUUUGUCAAAUCGGGCGUUCUGUUCUCCGAAGAAACUCAGAACACCCAAGUCGGCCAAAUUUAUGCUCCAAAACCUAUAAUCAAACCCACCCCUUCGAUAGUGAACGCCUUGGAGUGUGCCAAAAUACUGAAGGAAAGUAAGCCGGAUCGCCACAAGAAACAGGAUAAACCGAAAUCGAAUCUGGAACAGCUCAAGGAAGAGCUGAAAAUGAGACACAAAAACAGGGACGCCAAGGCCAAAGGCAGGGACGACAAACCUGUGUACUACGACGGAGAGGACCCCAACACCACCAAUCUGUUUGUCGCCAAUUUAAACCCAAAGAUUAACUCGCAGGAAUUGAUGACGAUUUUCGGGCACUACGGCCCCUUGGCCAGCGUGAAGAUAAUGCUGCCCCGCGGCGACGAUAAAUCUAAGAGCGGCUCGAUCUGCGGCUUCGUGGCCUUCAUGUGUCGCAAGGACGCCGAACGGGCGCUCGUCAAGCUGCGCCAGCGCUCCGACAUGCGCGUAGGCUGGGGCAAGUACGUGGAGGUGCCCGCCUAUCCGAUAUACGUGCCGCCCAAGUUGCUCAACAUGUACCUGCCGCCGCCCAAGUCCGGGCUACCCUUCAACGCGCAGCCGUUCGACAAGGAGUUCAAGCGCCCAACCAACAGGGAGGAACUGGACAGGUUGCUGCACGACUCUAUAGUGAAGGUCACCAUGCCGUUGGACAAGAAGGUGCUGACCAUCGUGCACAGGAUGGUGGAGUUCGUGGUCAGGGAGGGGCCGAUGUUCGAGGCCAUAAUUAUGACCAGGGAGAUGCACAAUUCGGAUUACAAGUUCCUGUUCGACACGCAAAGUCCUGUCCACAUCUACUACAGGUGGAAGCUGUACUCGAUUUUGCACAGCGAAAGCACGAAGCAGUGGUCGAUGAAACCGUUCAGAAUGUACGACGGCGGCCCCAUUUGGCUGCCGCCCAUUGCCCCGGAUUACGUGAAUGGCAUGCCGGACAGCUUCUUCGACGCCGAUGACAAGCACCAGCUGAGCGAAGCUCAGUGUAGCCGUCUCAUUAACACUAUACGUAACUUGAACGUGAGCCGGACUAAAGUAGCCGAAGCCAUGGUCUUUUGCAUGAACCACGGAGACGCCAUGGACGACGUGGUGGACGUGAUCGUUGAGUCGCUGACGGGCGACGGUACGUGCCCCAUGAAGAGGAUGGCACGUCUGUAUCUAUUGUCGGACUUGUUCCACAAUUGUUUGGCAAUGAAGGUGCCGGUGAAACUUAUAACCGACGGCGAGGCUGUCAUGUUUAAAAUCUUGCAAGCCUUUUAUAAAUCCAUCCAAAGUGAGCCGUCUAAAAAAGCCGAUGCUUACAAGGUCAAAUUAUUGAAGCUGUUGCAUUAUUGGGACAGCCGCCAGUAUUUCCUUUUCAAUUUGUCGUCCUCCUUUAACUCGAUAUUCAACAAGCACGUCCAAGACGAGGACGACUCAAGCGGCGACGAGCCCCUGGAUGGUGCCAAUCUUCUCAAGCGGGGGCUGAAGAACCAAACAAACGAUUGGCAGGUGGUGCUGCCACUGAAACUCGAAGAGAAAGUGCAAGAACAACACAAGAAAAGCACCUUCAACAUAGAGAGCUUCGUUCAAUCAAAAUGGAACACCUUAGACCCUGAAGAGGUGCAGUCCCAGGCCAUGUCCACCCAAAAGUUGUUCUAUUUGGAACAGGUGAACAACGUGCCUAAACAAGAGUCGGUCCCUGUUAAUUUGUACGACGAGAGGAGACCGUACAAGAGACGUCACAGUUCUAGAACCGGUAGCAGCAAAAGUAGAAGGAAAUGAGGCGCUUGUUGUUUUAAUGUGAUAAGUUUAAAUGGUUGAAUAUUAGUUGUUGCGUGCGAAUUGUAGACGAGAUGUUGGAAUUAGGCGGAUUUUGCUUCGUCGUAAUUUAUUAUCCAAUUUAAUUUAAUGGGGGGUCACAAUUAAUGGAAUUAGUCUGAGAGCGUUUUUCUGCUUGUGGACAAUUGGCGGGUUUCCAGAUUGUGGCAAUUCCGCUUUUUUCAUAAAAUAAAUAAAUUCCUUAUUAAGUGUA